AUGACAGCGUUGCACACUCUGGAGAGCAACAUCCGUCUGGUGAACCUGGAGUAUGUUAAGCCACCCAGCCUGGAGUAUGAUAAGUCACCCAGCCUGGAGUAUGAUAAGUCACCCAGCCGGGAGUAUGAUAAGUCACCCAGCCUGGAGUAUGUUAAAUCACCCAGCCUGGAGUAUGAUAAGUCACCCAGCCUGGAGUAUGUUAAGCCACCCAGCCGGGAGUAUGAUAAGUCACCCAGCCUGGAGUAUGUUAAAUCACCCAGCCUGGAGUAUGAUAAGUCACCCAGCCUGGAGUAUGAUAAGUCACCCAGCCUGGAGUAUGUUAAAUCACCCAGCCUGGAGUAUGAUAAGUCACCCAGCCUGGAGUAUGUUAAAUCACCCAGCCUGGACUCUGAUAAGUCACCCAGCCUGGAGUAUGAUAAGUCACCCAGCCUGGAGUAUGUUAAAUCACCCAGCCUGGAGUAUGAUAAGUCACCCAGCCUGGAGUAUGUUAAAUCACCCAGCCUGGAGUAUGUUAAAUCACCCAGCCUGGAGUAUGAUAAGUCACCCAGCCUGGAGUAUGUUAAAUCACCCAGCCUGGAGUAUGAUAAGUCACCCAGCCUGGAGUAUGUUAAAUCACCCAGCCUGGACUCUGAUAAGUCACCCGCAUGGACUCUGAUAACUCACAUAGCCUGGACUCUGAUAAGUCACCCUGCCUGGACUCUGAUAACUCAUAUAGCCUGGACUCUUGACAACUCAUAUAGCCUGGACUCUGAUAAGUCACCUAGCCUGGACUCUGAUAACUCACAUUGCCUGGACUCUGAUAACUCACAUAGCCUGGUCUCUGAUAAGUCACCUAGCCUUUACUCUGAUAAGUCACCUAGCCUGGUCUCUGAUAACUCACAUAGCCUGGACUCUGAUAACUCACCCCACCUGGACUCUGAUAAGUCACCUAGCCUGGACUCUGAUAACUCACCCCACCUGGACUCUGAUAAGUCACCUAGCCUGGACUCUGAUAACUCACCCCACCUGGACUCUGAUAAGUCACCUAGCCUGGACUCUGAUAACUCACCCCACCUGGACUCUGAUAAGUCACAUAGCCUGGACUCUGAUAACUCACCCCACCUGGACUCUGAUAAGUCACCUAGCCUGGACUCUGAUAACUCACCCCACCUGGACUCUGAUAACUCACAUAGCCUGGACUCUGAUAACUCACCCCACCUGGACUCUGAUAAGUCACAUAGCCUGGACUCUGAUAACUCACCCCACCUGGACUCUGAUAAGUCACAUAGCCUGGACUCUGAAUACUCACCCCACCUGGACUCUGAUAAGUCACCUAGCCUGGACUCUGAUAACUCACCCCACCUGGACUCUGAUAAGUCACAUAGCCUGGACUCUGGUAACUCACAUAGCCUGGUCUCUGGUCUUCAAGUUUGA